AGUUUAAUUUUUAUAUAUUAGGAAAAACCUCAAGGUUAUAGCAAAUCUGAUACAUUGGACAUGACGAUUUAAGCUUUUAGGUUUUAGUGAAUUGUUGUUAUAAGGUCUUUUGUGUUUGAAUCAGGAAGCUGUUUAUACAUUGUGAUACUUUUGUUAUACUAGUCUUUCAAGGCCAAGUUAAAGUUAUUUAAACAAUUCCCUAAACGUUGGCUUCUUCUUUACUGGAUACAAGCUGAUAUCAUAAACCCAAACAGUUUUAUCAAAGACAUGGUUCAAUUGUAAGAAGGAAAAAAACAGACAGCAAAAUACAAAACCAACUGAGCACAAGCAUAUCAUAGUCACUUUGAAGAAACUGACAGAUUCUUGUUCACUCAGAGAAAGAAAUGGAUUUAGAGUUUUGGAUGAUGAAACCUUUGAUCAUUAUUUAUGCCGUUGUCUUUACAACAGCAUGGAUUAACCUUCACUGCAAUGCCUGCCAGGGAGAUCCUCCCCAAAACGUGGUGCUGGACUGGUUAAAGAAACGCAUUCUGGAUGGACUACGGCUUGACAAUCCCCCUGUGCCAACUCUACAGAUUCCAGCUGGUCAGAGGGUGCAUGUGGCAGCCCAGCAUGGAGCUUGGCGAGUACGCAGGGAGGCUUGGCUGGAGGGGAAACAACAUCAAGAGAUUUCCCAAGUUAUUUUGUUCCCUAGCUCUGAUCGUACCUGCCUGGAUACAGUCUCAGUCUUUAAUGAGGACUCACCCAGCCACUUUACCUAUUACUUCAAACCAUCUCUGGACAGUCAGGGUUCCAUUAUCAUCUCUGUGGACUUCUGGUUCUAUGCAGGGAAGGCCAUUGCAGGAAAUACAACCUCUGUGCCACUAUAUAUUCUCACAACUCACCAGGAGCUAAUGCAGUUAGCUCAAAGGCCAUCUAAAUGCAGCUCUGAUGGCUGGAGCACAUACAGGCUUGAGCACCACUUCUUCAGUGCCAUAGCCAGUGGACCAUUUCUGCUGCAGGUGCAAUGCCUUGUAUGCAACUGCGACGGUUCAGAGGAGGACAAAACCCCUUUUCUGCAUGUCCAUGUCAGGCCUCAUGGGUCUGAGCGAGCUCGAAGGACACCCAGCAUUGCCUGGUCACCAACUAUCAUUGGGAAGCUUCAGAGGCCCUCGCAUGAAAAAGAUGACAAUUAUUGCAGGAGGGAGCAGAUCGAGAUCUCUUUUGAGGACCUGGGCUGGAGCAACUGGAUCGUCUACCCUAAGACCUUUAGCUUUUAUUACUGCCAUGGAAACUGCUCAAGCCCCAAAUUCACAGCCACACUUUUGGGUAUUCAUCAAUGCUGCGCACCUGUACCAGAGAGCAUGAGAUCACUACGCUUCACCACCACCUCUGAUGGAGGAUUCUCAUUCAAAUAUGAGACAUUGCCCAAUAUCAUUCCUGAGGAGUGCAACUGUGUUUGAUGACAGGGUUUGUUCAGGAAACCUUUAAAAAGCUUAUAGUUAAUAAACGUAUUAUGGCCUCCAGAUACUAUUUAAAUCUGUAGUUUAUAGACCUGCAUUCAGUUUUUAUUUGUUUUGUUUAAAAUAUAGUGUAGCCUGCUUGCAAAGCACUGAUUUAAAUUCAGUAAACUGCACCUGUGAGGUUUUAGUUUAAGAAUAUACUUAAAUUAUUUGGAAAUCUGGUUGGUCCUUUUGUUCUGAACAAUGUUUUAUUUUU